AUGGCCACCAUGCGCGCCGUAGCAUUCGACAAGACUGGCGACUCGUCCGUCCUGUCCCUGCGCGACGACAUCCCCAAGCCCACACCCAGCCCAUCCCAGAUCGUCGUCAAGGUCGAGUGGCACGGCAUCAACUUCAUCGACACGUACAUGAGGACGGGGCUGUACCAGAUGGCGACGCCACCUCCGCACGUGUCUGGCACCGAGGGCGCGGGAACAAUCGAGUCGGUCGGCGCCGACGUCCCCGCCGACUACGACCUCAAGGUCGGCGACCGCGUCUGCUUCAUGAAGUCGCCCUCGGCGGCCGAGUACGCGGCCGUGAACCCAAACCUCUGCUUCAAGCUCCCCGAAGGCGUGUCGACCCAGGACGGCGCCGCCUUCCUCCUGCAGGGCCUGACGGCCUGGACGCUGGUUCGGGACGCGCACGAGGUCAAGCCCGGCGAGGUCGUGCUGGUGCAGGCCGCGGCCGGCGGCACUGGUGGCCUCGUGGUGCAGAUGUGCAAGCACCUGGGCGCCACCGUCAUCGGGACCGUGUCGACCGACGAAAAGGCCAAGCUGGCCAGGGAGCACGGCUGCGACCACGUCGUCGUCUACACGCGCGACGACGUCCUCAAGGCCGUCAACGAGAUCACCAAAGACCUGGGCUGCCACGCCGUCUUCAGCGGCGUCGGCAAGUCCACCUUCGAGCAGGACCUGGCCGCCACGAGGAGGAAGGGGUCCUUCAUCACCUUUGGCAACGCCUCGGGCGCCGUCGAGCCCUUCAGCCUGUUCAAGCUAACCGCCAGGAACGUCAGGCUUAUGCGCCCUACGCUCUUCAACUUUGUCGCCACGAGGGAGGAGUGGGAGACUCGCUGCAAGGAGCUGUUUGACCUCUUGGCCAAGGGUGUUGUCAAGACGCACAUUGGCGGUAUCUACGACCUCAGUGAGGUGGCCAAGGCGCAGGACGAUUUGACUGGGCAAAAGACGGUUGGAAAGCUCCUGGUCAAGGUUGCCAAGGAUUAA